UGCGCUCCAGCAUCCUUCGUCUCCAGUCGCGUCUGAGCGCAACACCUCCUUGGAGCUCUCCCUCCAUCCCAGCCGGCAGAGAGGAUGAGCUGCUCCGCGUCCGGGUCUCCUCCGAGGCGGAUCUUUUCCUCCUCCCUCUGAUUCCUCUCGGUCGGAUGUUUCUCCUCCGGGUAACAAUCAGAGGAGGAUGCGUCUGCUCGUUUUCGCCACUUUAUUUGGACUCUUUUUAGACGCAGGAGAUGCCCUUCAGAUCCAGUGUUACCAGUGUGAGGAGAUGAAGCACAACGACUGCUCCACACCAGAGUACAUCGUCAACUGCACAGUCAACGUACAGGACAUGUGCCAGAAGGAAGUGCUGGUCAAACCUGACGGAAUACACUAUCGGAAGUCCUGCGCGUCCUCCGGGGCCUGCCUCAUCGCCUCCUCCGGUUAUCAGCAGUUCUGCACCGGCAGGCUGAACUCGGUGUGCAUCACCUGCUGCAACACGCCACUCUGCAACGGCCCCAAGAGGAAGCGCCCCGUCCCCUCGGCUGCAGCCUCCAACCGGCGUGCCCUUCUCUUCUUGACGGCGCCGAUGCUGCUUCAUCUGACGUAGACGCUCCUACCACGUACCGCUGUGCUUCCUGGGGUUUUGAACAGUAACCUGUGAACGGAUUUGGACUCUCGUUUUGCAUCGUCUCCCCGUCAAAAAACAGUUGAUCUGAUGGAUAUCGGGCAGCGACCGGGACCUCUCUGCAUCAUUUUUCGCUCAUUUUGCAGCAUCGUUGCCUCCGCAGUCGAGUCACUCAGUACUUUCUUUGCUUUUAGUGAAUUGGAGCGUUCUGUAAUCAGUGCCGGUGAAACCUCUGGUAAUUUGGGGCUGUUUUUUUGUGCUCUUAUGGUUUGAAAUAGCUGUGUUCAGUUUAUUUUGUGUUGAUGUAGUAGUUCUUAUUUCACAGAUUAACAAUUUUAAAGCUCAUUUCCCAUCAGCCAUACUGCAUUUUUUUUUGGUUAUUUCAUAGCAGGAAGCAUAAAGUAACCAAAAUGCACACAUUUAGGUUACAGUUCUUUUAUCCUCAUACAAUGGAAAUAAUCCUUUAUUCCUUUAACAAAAUGGGCGUUUAUGUGUUUGCAGCCUCAAACAAGACACAGUGCAGUAUUAUAACAAGUAAGAAACAACAAAUACGUCUUAUAGUUUAGAGAUCCACAAAAGGCUUUAAACUGCAGGUCCUCUGAGUUUUUUAAAUUUUAAAAACGUCACAUUCGAGAGGAACAAAUUUUGAAAAUAUGCACUUUAAUUCUGAAAAUAAUUCUCUUUGUCAUUAUUUACACAAAUGCCUUACAUUUCUGUCUCACUCUACACAGGACUGGGUCUGUGUGUGCUGAAUAUGGCGUGAAAAUCAACAAUAGAUUCUGGGAUUGUAUUUAUUUGGAGCGGGUACCACAGUUGGUGUUUUACAGUGCUUUAUUUGUAGUAGAGGAGGGACUGAGCGCCUGAUGGAUGUUCUUGGCUUUUUUUUAAACAGUCUUCUGUGAAGAGUAACGCUGUAAUCUACUGAUAUGUGAUUUCAAUAAAUGUUGCUGAAAAAUCA